AUGGCAAAAAAAUACCAUCCUGAUUUUAAUACUGAAGGUGAUAUUGAGAAAUCAACUGAGAUAUUUAAGAAGAUCAAUAAGGCUUAUGAAGUGCUGGCAAACCCUAUUAGUAGACAGACCUAUGAUAUUGAGAAUAGAAUAAAUGAUGGGUAGACUACUUAAGAUCAAUCUGUGUAUUAGGAUGAAUUCACUGGAAAGACAUAUUAUCAGCCAAGGACAAUCACUGAUUUUUAUCAUACUAAAUGGACUGGAUAUAAAAAGCCUGAUUGGUAUCAUCCUUAUAAUGGAUAGGAUGUAAGAUCGGAAUAUCUUUAUAGGAAAAAAUUGCACGACAAGUAUUGGUACAUCCCGCCAUGGGUUGAUAUUGUUGUGGAAUUCGUUGAACUUAACAGAUUUUUCUUCUAUCUAAUGCUAUUCUUUGCAGGUGAUCUAAUUAGACUUUAUUUCGAUUACAGAGAUAAAAAGGUUUAGCAAAUGGAAAUGCAACUACUAUAAGAUAGUUUUUCUCUGGACAGUGAAGAUUCUCAAAGACAAUCACUUAUGUCAUUAGUAUCAAGUAUAAACAUUGAUGAUGAAAAUGAUGAAGAUGCAAUUAGACUUCCUGAAGAUAAAGAACGCUAGGAGAUGCUUAAAUAAGCCUUAAAUGAUUACAUCAAUGAAAGAGUAUCUGCAAUCAGUAAAAUGAAAUAAGAUUAAGAACAGAGUAAUUAAGAUGAUGUAGGAUCAGAAAAUACAAAUUCUAUAAAUUUAGGCAUCAAUAUAUAGCCAGCAGCAGCUAUAUGA